AUGACUGCGAGGGCCGACGAAACUAGAGCGGCGUUCAUCAACGUUCUCAAAGAGUUCCCAAUUGGUGAUCCUACAAGAAGCAGCCAACAUGGGGAAGUUACUGAGGAAGUGGUGCGGGCUGCUAUCCUCCAAAAGCUCAUUUCCAAUCUUCGAUAUCCUAAAAUACGAGUUCGCCUGAGUCGUAAAAGCGUGUACAUUCAGUUUAAACCAAUGGCCAACAGAUUUUUCGUCAUGCACUUCGACUUGAGAACCGCCAAGGACUUACCUUUGCGGAUCACUCUCACUAACAUUGUUAAACUACCAAAGGUGCGGGCUCGGGUGAUACAGUAUCCUCUUUUGCCUCCAUCUCGCUGGGUUCAGAUCUGCGUUCACGUGCCCAGCAUGAUAGGACAGUUUACAAAGCUCACUCCCACAGGCAACACCCUUGUUUCAGUUCAAAUAUGCUCCUGUCUCUAUCUCCGCGGGCUUUUCACCUCAGACAAUCUUUACACCAUGAACGACAUUCCCAAGGCUCUCCGCAUAAAAGACACUUCUGCGUUAAGACCCCAGGAGCUGCUUCCAUGGGUCUACGUGCCCGUCGGCUGUCGCUCUCCCGAGUGCAAUCAAAUCAGCUGCAGCAGCACAGAUCGCAGCACACCGGAGCCUCUUCAUGGUAUCUGA